AUGCCGUCCCACGUUUCCCACGAUAAGGCAGCCGAAGAACCGAAGAAGGGGAGGGUCAUCAAAUCUGCGUUUGAUAGUGAGAGCUUCGAGGCAGAUGGCACAAUUCACGUGGACGGCCUCGUCGGCUCGGCGACAAUCUCCCCGUCCGGCCGAGAUAUUGCUCUAGCAUCUCCCGACGGCCUCGCUAUUAUUGACUUGGAUUCUCCGUAUAACCCGCCGCGCCGGCUGCGCAGCCCUGGAAUGCCAUGGCUUGUCGUGGACGUGCAGUGGUCACCGUUCGCGGCGCGCGAUUACUGGGUCGUCUCUACAGCCAACCAUAGAGCGCUGGUUUGGAAUCUCAAUAUGAGAGAAGACUCGAGUUCCGGACCGAUCGAACAUUCGCUUCAAGGACACAGCAGAGCCAUAACCGAUGUCAACUUCUCCGCCCACCACCCCGAUCUUCUCGCAACCUGUUCCGUCGACGGCUCAGUUCACACGUGGGAUUUGCGACGGCCCCGCCAGCCUGUUCUUACAUUCUAUGACUGGUUUGCUGGCGCGACGCAGGUCAAGUAUAAUAGACAAGACUCCCACAUCGUGGCGUCAGCGCACGACCGAUUUCUCCAUAUUUGGGACGAACGAAAAGCAUCAAAGCCUAUACGUUCCAUUAGUGCACACACGUCCAAAAUCUAUGGUAUCGACUGGAACAGAACGAGAUCUACCGGAAUUGUUACCUGCUCUUUGGAUAAAAGUAUCAAGUUCUGGGAUUAUGAAACUGGAGGGGACGAACCGGAACACAUCAUCCGAACUGAUUACCCUGUUUGGCGAGCGCGACAUACUCCAUUUGGCUGGGGUCUUCUCGCCAUGCCGCAGAAUGAGCCUGGUGACCUCUUUCUUUAUGACCGCCUUUGGUCAGAUGACUCUCCAACCGAAGCCGCGCCCGCACCGGUAGCCAUCUUUCCUGGACACGGGGAUCGCAAAGCAAAAGAAUUCCUAUGGAGAAGCCGUGGUGGCAUUUCAGAAGCGGGAAUUGACCAGCGAGAGUUCCAAUUAGUCUCGUGGGGCACAGACAAUGAGCUACGAUUACAGUGUAUCGACACCGCCGCAUUCACCUCCGUUGGCCACACGAGAGGGGGCCCUGCAAGGAAAGGGUUGAAAUUCACUCGAAAGGGUGCCAGCUACCGGACGUUUCGAACCGUGGAUGACGGACUAAGCAAGGAGCGCAAAACUGGAACUAUGAGUGACCAAAGGAUGACUGGAAAUUCCCAGCAACGAAGCGGCGGGACUGCGGGCUCUCGAGCAAGCACGCCACAGAAUCGCUACUCGCGCCCUGUUUGGCGCGGUUUCUCGAUGAAAGCUAAGAUGCCUUCAAACAAGAAGACUACCGACAGCCAAUCGGCAAUCGGAUGGAUGAAGGGUAUUACCAUGAACAAGCGGAAAGCUUCAGCAGAUACUUUCCGUCGUCUUCCGUCCAAGGACGGUGUCAUGUCUCACAACUUUCCAGAGGACCAAUGGGGUGAGCCGGAUACGAUUCAAGAAGAGCUGCUUCGUGUCAGCACACAAAUUCCCAAAGUCAAAUGGGACAACAUCGACAUGGACAGCUUGACAUUCAACGCAUCAUUAACAGGCCCUUGGGGCGUCGAUGCCGACUCGAUCUUCAUUAAAGUCCAAAUUGACGUUCCUACAGCAUACCCCAAACACAAGGCACCUAAAUUCACAAUUGAAAAGUCCUCCUUCAUGCCAGAAGAGACACACAAGAGGUUGCAGCGCGAAAUACACAAAUUGGCAAAUCAGUUCCUACUGCGGAAGCAAAACUGCCUCGAAGUUGCGUUUACGUAUCUCCUUGGUGAAGUGGACCUUGAAACAAGCACUACCUUCUUCAAAAACGUGCGUGAUUUGGACGACGACUUGGAUGGCUUAGCAGAUGACAGCUCAAGUGAGGACGAAGACCCGGCAGCCGCAGGGUCGGUAUCCAUGUCUCAAGAGCUCCCCAACACUGGCGAGGUCGACACGACCAUUGCUUCCCAUAUCCGUGCCGUCAUGCCUCCACCCCCUCGAACAUGCGGUGCCCGGUUCUCGAACGACGGGAAACUGAUAUGCUUCUUUCCUACCAAGGAAGAGAAAUUUCGAGCCCUAUUUUCGUCCACUGGAGAAAUCUGCAAGGACCGGCCGAAGAACGAACCGUUCUUCGCUGGCUUCGGACGUCUAUCGUAUGAGCAGAAUCCGCGCCAGCGAGACAAUAUUGAAGAGGCGUCUGCUACGGAUGAUCAAUCAGACUCUGAUUCAGACCGGUCAUCCUCUGACUCCUCUUCCAGCGACUCAGAAUCUACUUCUAUUCAUAACAUGAAUAUGUGGUAUCGUCCGACUCGUCAACCAAAAAAGGCGUGGAGUGAAGACCGCUCAGUAAGAUCCAGUGGCGCUGGCACUGGAACUGGAACAGGGACUGGCAUCGGGACAGCUACUGGCACGGGAGCGAGUCGGCGCCGCGUGAUCAAGGCACGAAAUCUCAUCUCCAUCCAUGACCUUCGCGCAGAUCUGCCGUCAAAAAGGGAAUUUGCCGAAGAGUAUGCUAUCUUUGGAGACGGGGCAGAUGUCUGCAACCACAAUGCACAAGUUGCUGAGAAACAUGGCUUUGCUGAUCUUUCAAAUAUCUGGCUGUAUCUGGCUCUUCUUUUGCGCAAGGGAAUACCGCUCGAGGUGUUGGGAUUCAACACGCAACGUGACUCGAUCUUGGUCAUUGCUCGAGACGUUGUUUCACGAGUCGGCUACAUCGAUAAGAACGCCCCUGCAGACCCUUGGUCGCAUGACAAUGCGCUUCUAGGCAGAGUCAGAUGGGGCCAGCAUCCUCUGGCCAAGGAUUUAAUUGCUGACCUCUUUGAUCAUUUCGAAAAGAAGGCCGACAUUCAAAUGUUGGCUAUGCUUGCGUGCAUAUUCAGUGAAGCCACGACAAAUCAUGGCGUUGCAUAUGCCGAAUCAAAUCUGCCCAAGCAGGAAACCCCAUUGCCAUUGAAAGCACCUUCAUAUUCUCUAGACUACUUCCCUGCCGAUGCCACGUCGUGGAAUAUCUACAGCAGAAGCUUUACCAACUCUGCGAUAACAACACCAGGAACACUACAUACGCCAGUCAACUAUGCCAGGUCACAAACAUCGGACGAUGGCGCAUGGAACGCUGAAACAGGACCAAACUCCUUCUCAUGUGGGGACACACCGCCAGGAAAGGACCAGGAAGCCGGGACCAUGCUGUCUAAGUCACCGAAUUCGCGGCCAAUUCAAAGAAGCAAUACGGGGUUUGCAUCGGCAUUGGCCGCGAAUCUCCCUCGUUCCUUCACAACCGGGGCGUCCUCGUCACCACCCUCGCAAGGGAAGAAGAAAUCGAGCCCCGCAGAAAUGAUGUUGAGCAGCAUUGCACCCCGCACGGGAGGCAGCAGCGGCGGAGGAACAAACGCCGCGGUUGGCUCUGGUGGCGGCAGGACGUCCAUGUCGGAUGACGAUGGGCGAAAAGAAGACUGGACAGCACUGGUUCCCACCAAUGUUGCGGUAAUUCUAGAGGACCAAAGCAUCUUUGACGACGAUGGGUGGAUGUCAUAUCCGCUUCUUGAUCAGAGGCUGUCAGACCUGCACAUCAACUACAGAUACGGCUAUGCGGAGUUGCUGCAGAUGUGGGAGCAACCAUUGGCUCGGUUGGAGGUGAUGAAGUUCAACGUUCUGAAAGAAGAUGUGUCUCUCGACGGACUUGCCGACGGUCAAUUCAGUGCCAACGGUAGCAUCGUUCUGCCCGGCAAGUCGUCACCGCUGGCCAUGGGCAAGCAAGAUAAUCUCCAAGCUCUCCUCGCAUCCGGUCGCGGACUCGACGUCAUCGGCCUGUGCCGGGUCCACGAAACCCAGCUGGAGCCACUGCAGUACACGUCCUCGGACCCCCGCGUCGGUGGUGCCGUGGGUACCUGUGACCGCUGCCAGCAACGCCAGGACAAGCUCCUCUGCGUCUACUGCACGGAGCCCGUCGACGCCCUGUUCCCGACCUGUCUGGCAUGUGGCUGCGCCAGCCACGAAGACUGCCUUGGCGAGUGGCACGCCGCCGGCGAAAUGUACUGCCCGGCCGGCGAUGAGUGCAACUGCGUCGAAGAGGCGGCCAACGGCCAGGUGGAGUCGUGGGCUGCGCUGCAGGCGGCCAUGCUCAAGAGCAGGCAGAUGAUGAGUCUCCUCCCGGACCCGGCCAUAGCCAGCGCGGAGGAAGAGGAGGCGGAGACGUUGGUGUUGCCGGAGAAGCAGCCACGCGGAUGGGCGCGGCUGGGCUUUGACACGGUCGGUGGCAGCAGCAGCAAGGCGAAGCUGCCGGUGUCGCCGCCCGUUUCGCUGGGCUUUGGGCCGUUUAAGAGGACGGCCGGGUCGUGGUCGCGGAGCACGGCCGGCCAGAAGCGUGGCGGCCGGCGAGGAGGCUAG